CGGCUCCUCGGGGCCGAGGCCGCGGCGGAGAAUGAGGCGGUGGUGGUGGCGGGCUCCCGGCGGAGCCGCCGGGCUGGAAGCAUGCUGCGCUGGUUCAUAACCGUGAUCCUGUGUGCUGCCUUCCUGGGGCUGGGAAUGAGUGUUGCUAUACUGGGACCAACAUUUCAAGAUUUGGCAACAAAUGUGAACCGCAAUAUUAGCAGUCUUUCUCUGAUUUUUGUGGGCCGUGCCUUUGGAUUUUUAACUGGCUCAGUGAUUGGUGGAGUUCUUCUUGACAUUAUGAAUCAUUUUCUACUUUUGGGGGUGUCAAUGUUGACCACCACAGUUGGUCUUUAUCUUGUUCCAUUUUGUAAGACAGCAGUAUUACUGAUUGUCAUGAUGUCCGUCUUUGGUGUUUCAGCUGGCAUUCUGGAUACAGGUGGUAACGUCCUAAUCUUGGCUAUCUGGGGGGACAGAGGAGCCCCACAUAUGCAGGCCUUACACUUCAGUUUUGCCUUGGGUGCCUUUUUGGCUCCACUGCUGGCUAAGUUGGCAUUGGGCACGACGGUGUCUGCUGCAAACCACGCAGAGCCUAACUCUAACCAUUCUGCCCUCAACCAGUCAUCUGAAGCUGACUCAGAAUCUCUACUCGGAGUACCUGACAAUAUGAAUUUACUGUGGGCGUAUGCUGUUAUUGGUACUUACGUUUUUGUAGUUGCUACCUUUUUUUUGGCUCUGUUUUUAAAGAAGAGCUCAAGGCAGGAAAAAGCAAAAGCAUCUGCUCAGAGGUCUCGAAGAGCUAAAUACCACAAUGCCCUUCUUUGUCUCCUUUUUUUGUUCUUCUUUUUUUAUGUUGGAGCCGAGGUAACAUAUGGCUCUUACGUUUUCACGUUUGCGACCAGCCACGCAGGCAUGACGGAAAGUGAAGCGGCUGGGUUGAACUCCAUCUUCUGGGGGACCUUUGCAGCCUGCAGGGGCCUAGCAAUCUUUUUUGCUACAUGUUUACAACCUGGAACCAUGAUUGUGUUAAGCAACAUUGGCAGCCUGACAUCAUCCUUAUUGUUGGUGCUUUUCGACAAGAGCCCAGUUUGUCUCUGGAUAGCGACUUCGGUGUAUGGGGCCUCGAUGGCAACCACGUUUCCCAGUGGUGUUUCUUGGAUUGAGCAGUACACAACCAUCCAUGGGAAAUCUGCAGCAUUUUUUGUAGUCGGUGCUGCCCUGGGAGAAAUGGCUAUUCCUGCAAUAAUUGGAAUUCUUCAAGGACAAUACCCUGAUUUGCCUGUAGUUUUGUACACCUGUUUGGGGGCAUCGAUAGCCACUGCUAUUUUAUUUCCCGUGCUCUAUAAAUUAGCCACCUCACCUCUCAGUCAGCAGCGAAAAGAACACACAAAAAGCGAGGACCAGAAAGCUUUGCUGUCUAGUUCUGAGCUAAAUGACUAUGAGGAAGACAAUGAAGAAGAGGAUGCAGAAAAAUGGAAUGAAAUGGAUUUUGAAGUGAUUGAAAUGAAUGAUACAAUGAGGAAUUCUGUAAUAGAGACAUCUAAAAAUAUUUUGAUGGAGCCCUUGGCUGAAAUCUCCAGUCAAUUCCACUCCAGUGCAGUGGUAUUGGAGUCCCCUCAAGUUAAUAGUGGCCAGUUCCCUGUGAAUCACUUGCAAGAAACCAGGCUAAAAGGGACUAACACCUAGAGAAGAUGGAUUAUUCUGACCUCCUUGAAUAAUCUCCAGUUGUAAAGAAGCCAGUCAGAGCAGAACAUUAACAGAUCUUCAACAUGCUUUGGGGAUCAAAAUUUCUAGGUCAGAGUAUAGCAAAUGCUACAAAGUUUUGAAAGGUUCUGUAAUUCCAGAGUUUUCCAUAAAGAACAAAUGGUCUCGUCCGGCAGGAUCUUACUGUGAGGCUGGUGUUUGGCAUGUGGCUGAUUAGGUAAUGUUUUAUGGUCUCCACCCCUCAGAGCAUGCAAAGAAGGUGUUUGUUGUUGAGAAGUUGGGUGCUGUUCUAAUAGAAUGAAACCAUCUAAUAGUUGAAUUGAUUAGCUGAACAAAUGAUCAAUCUUCAGUAUUCUACCAGGGAAGUAGAGGAGUGUCCUUUCAUAAAAGAGCAACUUUGAAAAUGGACAGAGAUUUUUAUUAAUUGCUUUGCCCUCCCUGUAGUGUUGCGCUGGAGAAUUCUGAUUCCUCAUUUGAUUUCUGAUUUCUAUCAGGAGAACACAGAACAGGGCCCUAGAGACCCGGCUUCAGGACUGCUGCUCACUAGUUUUUUCUGGCCCUGCACUCAGUCCCUAAAGAGGCCUUGUUUAUCUGUCUCCUGAUCUGUGAUUCUAUUAGUGAAAAUGAGAGGAUUUUCAAACUAGGAAUCCACAAGUUUCAAAGUUUGUGCAAGGAAAAAAAAAGUGAAAAAAAAGUCUGUGCAGUGUGUCUGUUAGAAAUAACGUAAGUCCCAUCCAUUCUUCAUUUCAAAUGAGAAGUGAAACAAAAGUGAUAGUUUUGAGAAUACUGAUUGUGAAUACAUGUCAAUUUAAGAGACUCAGUGUUUAAUAAUUACCUGCAAAACACAUUUUUCAGUAGUGUUUCAUCAGUUCUAAGAUGCACCUUUUUUCACAUUUUUAACAUCUCUGAAAUCAGAAUAUGUCUUAAAGUCAGUGGUCACUUAACAUUUUGUGACAAAAUUUAAUUGACAGUUAUCCAUGUACAUAUACAAAAUAAUGUUGCAUGUUAUAAUCGGUGUCUUACAGUAAUUCAUUCAAUUAUGGAGAUUUUACUAUUUUUACAGAUAUUUAAAAAAAAAAGUUAUUUUUAUAUGCUGAUUUUCUUGAUGUUCAAGUGGGAUUUGGAGAUGCAAUGUUCCAACUUUAAAAGCUGCUUGAGAAUUACUAUGUUAGUAGUGGGGCCUACCUUAGUAAUGAAGUCUGGGUCUGGGCCUUGCUCGUACAGGGUUUGUUCUUUAUUGAGUUUGGCUGGUAAUUACAUUGUAAGCACUGUAAACUACGCUGCUAGUUUAAUUUACAAAGAGGCACAGUCUUUUGCAGUAUUUGGAAUAUUUGUUUCACCCACCCAGGGCUCUUCCUUCCUGAGUUUGAAAUACCUGGGAAACCAAAAUAAUGAUUAGAAAGGGGCUUGGUGGCCUAGGGGUCAGGGAUCACAAAGGGUACUUCAUAUGAGUGUGGCAAAGCUGGUGUGAGCUCUCCUUUGAUAAAUGACUAGCACUGAUGACUGCUUUUGUUUACUUCUCUUUACCAUGUUUUAUGGUGAAUAACAUUUAAUUUCUACCUGCUUGCAGUAUGUUUGCUUUCUCAUUUAUCUAAUUUCUACAAAUUUGCCUUUGUUUUUUCUCGAGUGAAAUGUAUCUUUUUUGACCACUGCUCAUUCACCUUCAAUACCUGCCAUAAUAUGGGUUUGUAUAUAUAACCUAGCAGUUUUGGAGAGGGCCGGUGGAGAAAUGAACAGUAAAAAGUGUAUUCUUCUUGCUCUUUUUGUAUUGUACUUUUCUCUUAGCUACAACUUGGAGACCACCUGUGUUCCAUUUACUGCUUUUUCUCAGGUUGUUGGAAUUUAGGCAGUAGAUGCUAUUUGGCAGCUGGGACGCUUGCUAGAACAGGGAUACUAUCUGCAGCAUCUACAUUUAACGGGUAGAAGAUGCAGCUCAGGGAGAAAAGGAUGAUAAUAAGAACAUGGCAGAAAAUUUGGAAAUCCACACUGGAAAAUCCACAAGAGUUCCACAAACCAAAAUGUGAGUGGCCAUAUGAGAUUGUAGGCAUUUUUUUUUUUUUUUUAAAGAUUUAUUUAUUUAUUUAUCUGAGAGAGCGAGAAUGAGAGAGAGUGCAUGAGAGGGGGGAGGGUCAGAGGGAGAAGCAGAUUCCCUGUUGAGCAGGGAGACCGAUGUGGGACUCGAUCCCGGGACUCCAGGAUCAUGACCUGAGCCGAAGGCAGUCGCUUAACCAACUGAGCCACCCAGGCGCCCAUGAUUGUAGGCAUUGUUAAAGUUUGAUGUAUUUCCAUAUUGGAAGGAUAAGACUUCGUAUAAUUCCAAGAAUUAGCAUUCAUUCUAAUAAUCAGUCCCUAGGUAAGUGUCUGCUGAUAUACAAGUAGCCAAUACUGAAGUUUUCUAUUGCUGAAUAACAGAUUUAGCAGUUUACAACAUUUUUGUUUAUUUUAAGUAGGCUCCACGCCUAGUAUGGAGCCCAACGUGGGGCUUGAACUCACAACUGUGAGAUUGAGACCUGAGCUGAGAUCAAAAGUUGGUUGCCUAACUGACCAAACCAUCUAGGCGCCCUAACAACAGACAUUUUUUGUCUCACAGUUUGAGUCAGAAAUGUGGGCAUGACUUCACUGGGUCCUCUGUUGAGGGUCUCGUGGGGCUGCUGCAGUCAAGCUGUUGGAUAGAGCUCUGCUCCAUUUUGAAGCUUAGGGUUCACUUCCAGGGCCAUGUAUGUGGUUGACAGUAUUCAGUUCCUUGCUGUGGUAUGCUCAGGUCCCUGUUUUUUGCUGGCUGUGGGCUGCCAUCAGCCCCAGUUCCUAGAACCUCCCACGUUUUUUUGCCAGGCAGCCCUCUGUAGAUCUCUCACAACAUGGCAGCCCAUUUCUUCAAAGCCAGCAGGAGAAUCUCUCACCCCAGUCUGCCAAGCUGGAGUCUUCUUUAACAUAAUCACAGGAGUGGCAUCCCUCACCUUUGCAGUAUGCUCUUGGCUAGAAGCAAGUCACGGGUUCUACCCAAACUCCAGGGGGAGAGGCUAGUGCAGAGAUGCAACUCAUUGGGUGUUACCUUAGUGUGUGUAUGCUGUACACACAAGAGAACUAAAAAGUUGGAGCUGGGGACAAGAAGCCCUCAGCAGUCAUCGAAAGUGAUUAUGGGUACCAAACUGAGUGAGUGGGCAUGGAAGGCUCCAUUAGGCCAGGCCAAUGAACCUGAUAGAAGAGAUUCUGUUUGUGGGGCAAUGGAUGGGCUAACUCAGAGUUAGGCUUUUUUUCCCCUUGACAUUUUAUGUUCUUUCCCAUUGUGAUUUUAACUUGUUCAAAUGCAGCUUCCUAUAAGAGAAAUAGGUAAAUUUCAGUUUAGUUAUAUUUUCAUAGUAAUAAUUUUCAAAGUAAAGAUGCUUUGAGGGCAUCUUUCAGUUACUCUUAUUUUUUAAAGAAAAAUCCUUUUAAAAAACCUGUUUAUCAUAAAAGUAAUGAAGGUAUUAAAAAGUCAGCUGGAAGAUUGGGGAAGUGCAUAAAAAUGUAAGGGACAAGUAUAAGUAAUUUAUGCAAAGUUUUUAUUUAUUUUUAUUUUUUUUUAAAGUAAGCUCCUUGCCCAGUGUGGGGCUUGAAUUCCCGACCCCUGAGAUCAAAUCAUAUGCUCUACCAACUCAGCCUUCCAGGCACCCUUGUAUAAGUUAUUUAUUUAUUUAUUUAUUUAUUUAUUUAUUUAUAAAAGAUUUUAUUUAUUCAUUUGAGGCACAGAGAUAGAGAGCAUGAGCAGGGGGAGAGGCAGAGGGAGAGGGAGAAGCAGGCUCCCUGCUGAGCCAGGAGCCCGAUGUGGGGCUUGAUCCCAGGACCCCGGGAUCAUGACCUGAGCCGAAGGCAGACGAUUAACCAUCUGAGCCACCCAGGCGCCCCUGUAUAAGUAAUUUAUAAUUCUAAACACUUAGAAAAGUUCUUAAGAUUUCUCCUCAACAUAAUUUCUUGGGUAAAAGGGUAAAAAAAAAAAUUCCCUCCUACCAGAUAAAGUUUCAGAAACAACUUGAAUUUUGUGUCCAGAGUGCGUUGCCACUGCAGUUGUUGGACUGGUUAUUAGUUUGAAGAAUUGUAACUUAUUAAACAAAACAAAACAAACCUAAUUGAUCAGUGGAGUAACAUAACACCCUCCUAAAAACUGUGUGAGACGCGGAUUACAUGUAAAAUGAUUGCGUUUCAGGUAGAAUCACUGAAUAAUCAGGAUAGCUUUCUCAUAACCAGAACUUUUGGUUUCCCAUAGCAGUAUAUCACUCCUGCCACUUAAAAGUUAUUACUAAAAUAGAGCUUAAGUUUCUUAGUGGAAGUAGAUAACAUUCUUCUGGGAUACCCUGUAUCUGUAUCUGUUAAGUGCCACUUGUUUUGUUCACAGUGCUCUGAAUGUGUGUGUGUUUGUGUACGUGAACUCACAGAUACUAUGUGUGUUUGACAUUUUCCUAUACUGUAGGGGUGCAGUGGGGGUAGAGGUGGUAGAGAAGGGAUACAAAAAAGCUUAAGGUAUGAUUCCACGUUUGUUAGAAAUGGCCCUUUUUUUAAUUGAAAAUUUUAUUGCAAUUAUUAUAGAUUUACAUGCAGUUGUGCCUAGUGUUUUUGUUUUUGUUUUUUCUAAAUUUGUUGAGCGAGGGAUACUUGCUCAAUCUGGAGAGUAGAGAACUAGGCUAGUGCUUCUCAUACGUUAAUGUGCAUUUGAAUUGCUUGUUAAAAUAUAGAUUCUAAUUCAGUAGUACCUGGGAUAGGGGCUGGGAUUCUACAUUUCUUUUCUUUUUUUUUUUUUAAAGAUUUAUUUUUAUUUAUUUGACAGAGAGAGCGCGAGAGAGGGAACACAAGCCGGGGGAGGGGGGAGGGAGAAGCAGACUCCCUGCUGAGCAGGGAGCCCGAUGCGGGACUCGAUCCCAGGACCCUGGGAUCAUGACCUGAGCUGAAGGCAGCCGCUUAACCAACUGAGCCACCCAGGCGCCCCUGGGAUUCUACAUUUCUAACAAGCUUUUACAUGAUGGGGAGCUAUUGGCCUGUGGACUGACCACAUUUUGGGUAGCAAGAUUCACUUUUUGAGAGGGUCAAAUUCUUUGCUACUCUAGGGAAUUCAGUUUGUUUUGUUUCAGCUUUUCUAAAUCUGACCCUAAAUCUGUAGGAGUCUGUAUUCCCAUGCGCCCCCUCCUCUCUCUUAACACACAAACCCCAGACUCAGGAGUUCCCUUCAGUCCUCUCCAUUUACUGCAUUGGCUGUUGAAUAUUUAUUUCUUAUGUCUGUUGAAUGCCUCCUAUUUGGCUGUCUCUGUGAGAGGUGUUAUAUUAUACUGGUGAAAGAUCAGAAGGUUCCUACCUCUGUGGAACCUACCCUCUAAAGCAGUACCGUCCAGUAGAAUUUCCCACAAUGAUGGGAACAUUUUAUAUCUGCACUGCCCAGUAGCCACUGGUCACAUGUGGUGAAUUGAGCCCUUGAAAUAUGGCUAAUACAAAUAAAAGGAAUUUUUAAUUUAAAUAUCUGCAUUAGCUGGUCACUGCCAUAUUGGAUAACACAGGUCUAGUGGGAGAAACCAGGUAUCAAACAAUCACACAAGAUGUUUCUAGGAAGGCUUUAUCUUCUGUUAUACUAGAAGUUUACAAGUAUCUGGGGUCAGAAAAGUUGUGCUAGAUACCUUCUCAAAUGGCAUAAUAUAAAUUAUCAUGGCACUUAAGGAAAGGCCUAGUUUUACUGGGUCCUGAUGGUAGAAAGUUGUGCUUAGUGAUCUGGAAGAGCAGGUUUGUCUUUCCUUGUGUGUCAAGGAAGCAAACCGAGGCUGGUCACCUUGUUUGUCAGGAGGACUUAAGCUCUUUCGCUUUAUGCACUUUGGCCAGUUGGCAUUUGAGCUAGGUUGCACUUGGAUUUUUAUUUAGCUAUAAAUAGUUUCAUAUUUAAUGAGUUAAAAUUUUAUAACAUUGAAUUUUUGCAAAGAGAAUUUUCCAACAUUUUUUGGUGGUUGUCUUAAUUAUGUGUUCUCAUGUCCUGUACUUCUGCCUUGUUCAUUUCUCUUAAUUCUUGCAGAAAAGAUCCCUUAGGUUCUUGCACCGUGGCCAUUAAUUCUUAUGUAUUGUCUUCCUUUUGGCUUAUAUUUUUAAUUGCAGAAUGCCUUUCCUAUCUGAUCUCUGGCUUUAUGGCAACUUGCCUUCGAUGUGUUUGGUUAUGUUAGUUAAUGGAUGGCCUGGAGAAGUGUAAAAGUUGUUAGAUGACAUGAGUGACUUAAGGCUGUGGGCUUUUUAGGUUCUGAACAACUUGUGAGGUUAUAAGGUGCUUUUUAAAAGAAUUAUUUUUAGGGAUGCCUGGGUGGCUCAGUCGGUUCAGCGUCU